GAUCAAAACCCACAAGUCUCUGGCCUAAUUAACAUGAAAAUUAAAGAUGGCCAGUCGCUCAAUGUCUUGCUAAAGGCGCACAGAGUAUUAACCCUGAAAAAGAGCAAUUUUUUUUUCUAAUAAACAAUUGUAAAUAACAGAGCAAGGACAAAAAAAAUAGCCUCAAAAAAGAGAAAAAAAAAAGGAGAAAACAAUUACUUCUAAUCCUGAAACAAUACUGAAAUCCUCAUAAAAUAAAUAUUUUAACAUGUGGAGAAAACCUAAUCCUGGUCAGCUUCGGUCUAAAAUUAUAUACAUGUUUGCAUAUUCCGAUAAUUCAUUUACAUUAUCUUCUUGGAAAGGCUUACUUCUAAUCCUUAAACAGCAGUGAAAUCCUUAUAAAAUAAAUAUUUUCACAUGCGGAGAAAACCUAAUCCUGAUUAGCUUCGGUCUAAAAUUAUAUACAUGUUUGCAUAUUCUGGUAAUUCACAUAUAUCAUCUUCUUCAAAAUUUCAAGUGCUCUCUGUCACAAACAAUGGAGGGACCUUAUGACAUACCUGAAAAAUCCUCUGACAACAACAACAACAACGUCAGCAACAACAAUCAUUGCAGUACUGUCUGUGGGAAAGCGAUUAACAAUAACGCAGUUCUCGCCGAUGCGAAUAUUGAAGCCAACAGUGCCAGUGAAGCGGUGCUUAUGCCAUUCCCUUAUAGUUAUCUACAUGAGCAAGACAACGAUUACAACAACUCAAUCAUUGUGAAUGCCGAUGUAGUGAACAACAAUAUUGGAGAAAAUUUCAUGCCAUUGCAUUAUGAUCAAUUUUUAUACAGCAACAUGGGGAACAAUAAUAAUAAUAGUAAUAACGACAAUGCAAUUGUUGCAUAUGAGAAUGUAUCUGACUAUGGUAUUAAAGGAAAUUUCAGGGGAAUGCCUGUUGGUUAUCGAUUUAUGCCUAAUGAUGAAGAGUUAGUGAACUACUUGAAGCACAAGAUCGAGGGUUUUCCUUUACCUCUUGGCCUUAUUCAUGAUGUUGAUAUAUACAAGUUCCACCCUCAAGAACUCACUGGUUAGUUUUUCUUUUCUUUUUAUUCUUUUUUAUUUCUUCAUUGGAAAACUCACUGCUUAGUUAUGCUUUUAUUUAAUUAUACUUCUCAUUUUUCCUUUAUUUAAUUGUAUCAAUCUUUUACGUUAACUUUUUUGGUUAGUCUUGAUUUCUGGGAGAUAAUUCCUAUAUAAUUCUUAUUAAAUUAAAUUUUUAUUUUAAAAAAUUGUUUACAAAUAUGUAAUUUAAUUAAAGUUAAAUUGAAUGCAUAUAAAUAGAAUAAUUUUCAAUAUGCAUGUCAUAUCAGAUCAGUUAUACUUUGUUCA